CCGAUCAGCGCGCGGCUUGUCGUGUGGCGGCCAGCUUGGUCCCGAGUGGGGGUGAGAAACGUGCUCGUCACCCUCGAGGAUCGCCUCGAGAGACUCAGUAAGCGCCGCGAGUUCGACGUGGCCGGAAGCGUCUCAUGGUUUUCGCCGUCGACGUGAACGUGCUUCGUGCAGACGACCCUCGUCAACGCGCCACAUUUCUACCCCCCGAUUCGCGAACGUUUCAACAAGAUUCGCAGCCGACCUACCCCCCGAUCGACCGGAAACACCAUCCAACGGAAGACGCCGCCGAAGUGUCUCGAUCCACCGGGAGCUCAAACCACCGAAUCCACGAAACUUGGCCCCUUCCAAAGGUGAUCCCAGGGAUAAAAUAGUUCCCGUACGGCGCGGCCAGUGAUGCGUAACGCUAGGAACAGACAACCGGAGCUUCUAAGCCCCCCAGGAUCACCGCUCGUCCAUCGGCUCCUUUGAUCAUUAAAAUUCGACCGACUCGAGACGAUCCGUCCGAACGAAGGAAGUAAUCGCGUUAAAAGGACCUCGGCGUUUCCCUGGAAUCCCUCGCUGCCGUGAAAGGAUCUUCGUCCUCGUUCUCGAGGGAGGCCGAGGAUCGCGGGACAGCCUCUGGGCUAGCUGACGUCAUCAAGAACAAACAAGCAGAUCGAAGGAAAGGCGAUAUUAUAUCCCAGGGCUGAAAGUCGGGGGACUAAGAGCCACGGCGGAUCCUCGUCCUCGCGGAAGAGGGAGCGAUAGGGGAGCCAGUCGGACCCGAGGCACAGUCCGGGAGAAUCGGAUUUCAAUCGGAGCGCGUCUCGAUCGACCAAAGCCGCUCUAAUUAACUAUCAGUCAUCGAGAAUUCUCCUUGGCGCGAGAAUCGCGCAGAAAUUGGAUCUUCCUCUAUCCCCGGCGUGGCUGACUCGUGAAUCGACGACUGCUCGCGGGAGGGCAAGGAGUUUUCUCCGCGAGGAUGACGAGCAACGUCGUCGCCACGAACGUUCUCGAGCUGCUGGUCGAGUGAUCGGCAGAGAUAGAAGCCUUUCACCAGCGUGAUCAACGAACGAUGCUCGACAGGAGCAAGUGAGGAUCCCCCUUAUCGAGUGUUCAUUUUUUUUCUGUGCUCUGCUCGAUCCGUGGAGAAGAUGUGCCUGGGUCGUCUGUUGCUCUGCCUGUUGGCCGUCAUCGUCGUCGCGAAUGGGUCCGAGGACAGUUGGGCGACGUGGUGGACCUACGACGGAAUUUCAGGUGCUGAUUUCUGGGGAUUGAUAAAUCCUCAGUGGCCUCUGUGCAACAAGGGAAGAAGACAGAGCCCUAUCAACAUCGAGCCUGACAAGCUCCUCUUCGACCGCCACUUGAGACCGGUGUCGAUCGACAAACACGAGGUUUCCGGAAAUUUAUACAACACCGGUCAGUUCCUGCUAUUCAGAGCGAAUCGGGACGCAAAGGUGCGAGUGAAUAUAACGGGUGGGCCGUUGGCUUAUCACUACCAGUUCGAGGAGAUCCAUAUUCACUACGGGCUAUACGACGCUCACGGUUCGGAGCAUCGCAUCAACAACUACGCUUUCCCCGCCGAGAUACAAGUGUACGGGUUCAAUGCGGAGCUGUAUCACAACAUGAGCGAGGCGCAGGAGAAGAGCCAGGGCCUGGUCGCCAUCUCGAUAAUGGUCCAGAUCGGGGAGACGCUGCAUCCGGAGCUGCGGACCAUGACAAGCGCGUUUGGCAAUCUUACUUACCGUGGCGAUGUAGCGGAAAUUGGCACACUAUCGCUGAUAAAGCUCCUUCCAAACACCAAAGGUUACAUGACCUACGAGGGUAGCAUGACCCAUCCCGCUUGUUGGGAAACGGCAGUGUGGUUGAUCCUCAAUAAACCCAUCUACAUUACCGCGCAAGAACUUUACGCACUAAGGAAACUAAUGCAAGGCCCGCAAAAAACCCCGAAGGCACCGUUGGGGAACAAUUCGAGGCCGGUGCAGUCCCUUCAUUUCAGGACUAUACGGACAAACAUCGAUUUUCGCAAGCCAACACGUGGCAGGACGACGGCUCCCUCUCGCACAACAACAUCGUCUGAAUCGCCGCCACCGAGGCAAACGGAGCAGACGUUUUCGUUUCUAAACGGGCGGCGCCGAUCAUCUCCCAUGGGACAUGCGAACGCGAGCUCGGAUAGGCUUAAACGAGAAGGGUCACGGUUCAGGGAACUCGAUUCGUCCAACGGCAGACACUUUAGACGGAGCGAUGCGGAGCGAUCGCUCGUGGUUGCUUCGCGAUACUUCGAUCCCCUUUGCUCUCGACGUCCGUAUAAUCAUGCUGAUAAAACGAAAGAAAAAAAUGAGGAAACGGUUACGGUGAUCGAGGGGACACGCGACAAUUAGUGCCGAGAAAUAAUCGACGGAGCUUCGCGCGUUUCGAUGAGGUAUCGAUUAGCGUUCGAGCCCGCAGCGCGUGCAAGAAGAAGAUUCACGAGCCGGCACGGACACUGUGGCUCCGUUUCUCUCGACCAUCGCGACCGACCGCACCCGAUUGUGUCGGGGAUGAUAAGUGUAUCCCCGCGCGAUGGGAAUUUGUAUUCGCCAGACGAGUACGUCUCGCGAAAAUCGUCUUCCUUCGUCGCCAAGGAGGACGAACGAGGCUGAGCGCACCGGCGAACUUUUCUAAAUGUCCGUGCGGAUAAUUAAAUAUUUCACCCUUUGCUCUUCGAUGGUUAUUCGUGGAAAAUUGGAGGAAAGACCUGGACCUGUUUGAAACGAAUCGAAGUGAGUAUUUUCUUUUUCUUUUUUUACUUAAUUUCUGUAUUGGUCAUCUUUACACAAUAAUUUAUUACUGUCCUGCUAAUCGCUUUUGUUUAACGUAUCAUAGCUUGGUUAAUUGAGCUAAGUUAAAAACGGUUGAAUUUGAUUUAAAAGUAACGAUUCGAUGACGGAUAGAGAUCUAUGAGAUUUCACUUGUUUCGCUCUCUCGAUUUACAAGCAGGUAAUAAUCACGUUUUCUUGUCCUUUAAACAAUUGCCACGAAGAAGACCACGGUCUCUUUCGCAACCGCCCUGAUAAAUGGUUUCCCAUCUCGCGCCUGGGAUUUGAGAUUGGAACGCAACCUUUAUGACUCCCUUGAGAAUGUAGAAACACGUAGCGAGGAGUCUGUUUAAUUGCAAUCUUGUUCUUCAUCGUCGAUGUCGUUUCUUUUACAUUUCAUUCUUUCGGUUGUUCUUUCAUUCCUAUUUUCAUUCCUGUGUUCCUAUUUUCUUUCCGUCUUUGACUGUUUAUACGUAUUUAAAUGCAACGGAUCGAAUCCAAUUACAAAUUUAAGCCGCUAAACGUAAUUGUACUCGAGACAGACACGGCAAAGGGUUAAAUAUUUCUCAUGUAAAAUAGCAUGAGUUAUGAGACUCUGUUACGUUCCAAAGCCAAUCGAUUGCGAGGUUUUAUUGACUCGUCGACUGUGUUGCGUGAAUUCAAUAACAAAUUUAUUUUAAAGGAUAGAAUCGAAAUUCCGUGGAUUCUACGCAACCAAAGAUACCGUAUAGCAAAUAGUUUUUAAGGAGAUUUUUUUGUUGUUAAGUUAGAGAUCCACGGCACCGCAAGCUAAUGUGAAGUCGUUUCUGCGACAGACAACGCGUAAAAUAACACAAAUAUUACAACGCUUUGACACGAAUAUUACACUGAUCGGUGAAUUCGUUCAAUAAUUAAUUGCUCAGCUACAGGUGGUUUGGGGAAACCGAUUGCAUAUCACAAUUUUUUAUUAAAAUUAAAACUAUCAUUCGCUCCAAUUCGAAUUUCAAUUUCAAUUCAAAAAAUAACGAUACCCUGUUUAUUCUUAUCUAGUCAAGAAUCAACGAGUCCUAUUAUUCGAGGCGAUUCUUAUGAUUCUACUCGUUCAAGAAUCGGUACAAAUAAAUCGGUUUCAUUCGAAUCGCCGAGCGAGUUCACCGAAAGACAAUUGAAUUUUUUUGUCUCCCACGUGUAACAUUCGUAGCGAUCGAGAACGCGAAAGAAAAUAUCGUGCUCGUGUCGCCAGACCAGCGACAGAAUCAAGAAUCACGCUCUGUUCCGGUAAAUCAACCCCUCGCGUGCUCCUCGAAGGGACGCGGACGUCGGAAGCGAGAAGGGCGAAUUGUCGAAUUACUUGACAGAUUUUUGUCAAUUAUUUUGUAGCCAAUAUACGUAAACGGGCGCUACACGGACGAACAGAGGCGCGAAAAUGGGCGAGAAGUGACUCGGAGAUCGAACGAUAUACAGACAGUCGAAUUCCACGAACGAUUCCCUAGGCGGAACGAGCGAUUUGAUGAGAAAUGGCUCCGAUGUUUAGGGGAUUCCCGGAGAAAGGCGAGCCAAGAGAAUAGAAUAAAGUCGUGCGCUAUAGACCAACCGAUCGCGAAAAGAAAAAUUAUUGGGUUGUUCGUAGCUUAGCCGAUGGACGGGGAUAAUCCAGCGCUUUUGUAUAUAAACACAGACACUAAAGAAACCGUAAGGAAACUACUACCGACUAGACCUAAGCAGAUUUAAGAGGACAUUUAGAGAGAAAAAGAGCAGAGUGUGUAUAGAGACUAACGUUGUAUCAUACGAAAGUGAACGUUUAACAAUUGUGGUUAACGAGUAACGAUAAUAAUAAACGCAACGUUAUAUUGUACAAGAA